CGAUGGGCGAGAGGAGGAGGCGUGCGAGCACUGCUUCCCUCGGGGGUGGAGGUGGAGCUGGAGGUAGCGGUGCUGUGCCCGCGCGGAACGAGGAGGACAAGGCCGCGGAGCCGCCUCCACCGACGUUGUGGUUCGCGCUCAAGCGGUCGCUGCACUGCCGCUCCGAGCUGUCGGAGGUCCACGUGCCGCGCGCCAACAAGGCCUCCGGUCCAGUCGUCGCGAGCGGUGGCCACCUGUCGUCGAUCGUCACCAAGCGCGCCUCCGCGCGGUCGGGGUGCUCGCGCUCCAUCGCCAACCUGCGGGACGUCAUCCACGGGAGCAAGCGCCACCCGGGGCAGCCGCCCAGCUGCAGCCCGCGGUCCAUCGGCAGCAGCGAGUUCCUCAACCCCAUCGCGCACGAGGUCGUGCUCAGCACCAACUCCCGCUGCGAGCUCAAGAUCACCGGCUUCGGGGGCUGCGGCGGGCUGGCGGCCGUGGGGACCGGCGCCGCGGCCGCGCACGACGCCUGCGGCGGGGGCGACGGCGGCGUGGUGUCGUCGUUCGUCGGCACGCUCCGCCCCGGCACGCCGGGCCCCGCGUGGGCCGGAGCCGGGCACGGCCUGCCGUGCAGCGGCUCCGUGCGGGGCGGGGUGCGCUGCACGCCGCCGCGGUCCCCGUGCGUGCUGCUCGAGAGGAACGGUUCCGUGGUCAGCGGCCACCGCGCGUCCUCCUGCGAGGAGACCGCAAAGGACGGCGGCGCCGGCAAGGGUUCCGGCGGGCUCAGCUGCCACAGGUGCGGCGAGCAGUUCAGCAAGUGGGAGGCGCUGGAGGAGCACCACCUCUCCAGGCAUGCAGUGACGGAGCUGGUGGAAGGGGACUCGUCGCGGAAGAUCGUGGAGAUCAUCUGCCGGACGAGCCUGCUAAAGUCGGAGAGCAGCUGCGUCCGGAUCGAGCGGGUGUUCAAGGUGCACAACACGCAGCGGACGCUGUCCCGCUUCGAGGAGUACCGCGAGGCCGUGAAGCUGAGGGCGAGCAAGCUGCCCAAGAAGCACCCGCGCUGCCUCGCCGACGGCAACGAGCUGCUGCGCUUCCACGGCACCACGCUCUCGUGCGCGCUCGGCGGCGGCGGCGGCGGCGGCGGCGGUUCGUCCCGCCUCUGCGCCUCCGACAAGUGCGCCGUGUGCCGCAUCAUCCGGCACGGCUUCUCCGGCAGGAAGGAGGGCAAGACCGGCGUGGGCGUGUUCACCACGUCCACCAGCGGCCGCGCUUUCGAGUCCAUCGAGGCUGCCGGCGCCGACGGGGCUGGCGCUGGCAGUGUCAGUGGCACCACGCGCAGGGCGCUGCUGGUGUGCAGGGUGAUCGCCGGCCGCGUGCACAAGCCGCUGGACAACCUCAAGGAGUUCGCGGGGCAGACGAUGGGCUUCGACUCGCUCGCCGGCAAGGUCGGCCCCUACUCCAACAUCGAGGAGCUGUACCUGCUGAACCCGAGGGCGCUGCUCCCGUGCUUCGUGGUCAUCUGCAAACCCUAGC